UUUAUUUUUGCUUCCACCACCACCUCAACACGAAACAUCCGAACAUACAGGACACCAACCAUGAAGCAUCAAACUGAUAGUAACGCACUCCUAUUAGGAGCUGUAGCUGGUGCUGCAACGGUGGGAGCCACUUGCAUGUGGGCGUAUCAAAAAUGGACCAAGAAUAAGCAAGAAAACAGCUUCAACAUUCCUUCCCAACUCCUGAACUCGCCUUACAAAGAACAGUUUCAACUGGCAGUCAAGGUGGCGAUACUAGCUGGAAAUAAUAUUGCACUGUACGGCAAUGCCAAAGGAACACAAGCAGAAGCAUCCAACGACGACUUGGGCAUUGAAACAAAAGCAUCUGCGGCGGACUUUUGCACAAAAAUUGAUGUCUUGAAUGAAGAAAUUGUCACUGCGGCCAUUCAAACAACAUUUCCGGAUCAUGCCAUUAUUGGAGAAGAAAGCACCGGCACGGGAACGAUUCCGCCCUUGACCGACAAACCAACUUGGAUUAUUGAUCCCAUUGAUGGAACCACCAACUUUGCGUCAGGACUGCCAUUGGCGUGUGUCAGUAUCGCCUUUUGUGUCAACAAACGACCCGUCAUGGGAUGCGUCUUUGCGCCAAUGACAAACGAACUAUACUUGGCCGCAAAAGGAUUUGGAGCUUAUCGGAAUGGAGUACGAAUCACACAGAGACAACAUGUAGAUUUGCAACAAGCUGUGGUUGCUUUCGAAUUUGGAUAUCCACGCAACAAACAAGCCGUUGACAACAUGGUGGCUGCUGUGGCACAGUUCAUGGAACGAGGGUGUCGAGCCACACGACAGAUUGGAUCGGGUGUGUUGGAUCUCUGCUGGGUGGCCACAGGGCGAUUCAGUCUUAUUUACUCGGGUAUUGCAGGCGAAGGAUGGAAGCCAUGGGACUAUGCAGCCGGGCUCGUCAUUGCUCAAGAAGCUGGAUGUGCCAUGGAGAACUUUCAACCAAAUAAUUCAGAUGGAGUAUUUGAUCUCUAUGGAGACAGCAUCAUUUGUGCCAUUAGCAAAGAACUGCUGGAAGAAUGCAGGCAGAUUGUCACCAAAAUCUAAACUGGGCAAUAUUGCUUUAGACUAAUUGUACUCUUUCGAUCUUCU